AUGGACAAUAAAGAAAAAAUUGACAAGUUACAUGAGAUGCUAAAAGGAAACAAUAGAGAAAGGGUUCAGGAAAUUAUAGAAGUUGUGGACGAAACACCAAAAAAAGGAACUCAACAAGAAAGAGUUCAAAAGGUUGAUCACAAUUUGGACAAAGAGACUAUUGCAAAGAAAAUGGAGAUAGACAAACUCUCGCAACCAAAAGUAAUGAAAGAUCAUGCACAUGGUGACAAAGAAGUUGUACAAGAAACACCAAAGAAAAGAACUCAAGUGAAAGCUACAGUGAAUAGAGAAAGAAUUCAAAAGGUUGAUGGAAAAUUGGACAACCACAUUGCUAUGAAGAAAGCAGAGAGACCUAAGAUUUUGCAACCACAAGCUAAGGAAGUUUUUGCACAUGGAAACAAAGAAGUUUCACAAGGAAUGCUGAAAAAAAGAAUUCAUGAGAAUCUACUAGAGAACAAUAGAGAUAAAAUUCAAGAGGUGGAAAAACCAGUUGCAAGGAGAAUACUUAUUUCUUCCAAAAAUAAGAAACCAGAGAAAUCUACUCUAUCUUUGGACACAAUGAUGUCAAAAGCUGAAUGCUCUAAAAAGCUAAAUAGGGUGCCAAAAUGCCCAUCAAUGUUGAUUGAUGAUUAUGUAGAUCUUCAUAAGUCAAAGGAAAUGGAUGCAACCAAGUCAAACAAUGGAGAAAAACUGGGCAGCAGCGUUAACCUCAACGAAGAAGAUGCAAUCACAAAUAGAGAAAAAGAAAAAGAAACAUCCCAAAGAAAAACUCGUGGGAAAACUUUGUGCAAAAAGAUUCAUGCAAGAACUUUGGAAGAGCGAGUAGAAGUGACCUUUAAUGAGGAUUUUCAGCCAAUUGGUCCUAGUGAAAAAGUAGUAUCUGACUUGAGCCUCUUCUUGGGAACAUUGGCUAGGAACUCAACAUUUUGUCCUCUACGUUACACCAAUUGGUCAGGAAUGCCAGAUGAUAAUAAAAACCGUUUCUGGAGAUAUACUAAUCGGAAGUUUGUCUUGCCGGUUGAAGCACGAGAUUGGAUUGAGACCACUGUUAGAGAGACAUGGAGAAGAUAUAAGCACAAAAUUAAGAAGAAUCAUUUUUUGAAGUAUUCCAACAUGACCGAGAGACUCAAAAAUCGUCCACCAAACGUGCCAAUAGCCCAGUUUAAGAGUCUUUGUGCUUAUUGGAGUAAGGAAACUAUACAAGCAAUCAGUGAAAAUAACACUAGAAAUAGAGCUCAACUAAAGUGGAUGCAUCGAAUGGGUCCCAAAAACUUUGCUUUGACUCGUGAAAAAGUGGUAACUUUCUUUUGUUCUCAAUAA